CACGGGAGGCCAUACAUAACGUCAUAAGGGAAGAAGCAUUAAAUGCAACUUGUGUAAUUAGGCAUAACGUAGCCUUCAACACUUACUAUUCUGGUGCAUCAGAUUUUGGUUGUGCUCAACAACCUCAUAUUCCAAGCUUUAAUUUCUAAAUGCUUGCAUUGAAAUCUCUUCCCAUUUAAACAAGAAAAUGUUCAAGUGUAAUAUUUCUUAUAUUCGGUAGACUUAAGGAAGGAGAAUAAUUAAGUGAGAAUUGAAUUCUGAACUUUUUUCAAAGUUAUAUAUGCUCUCCAACUGAGAUAAGAUUUAAUUCUCAUCAACAGUGUCAAUUGCUGUCUGUACUAUUUUAUAAAAGUGUUUAAGUUAGACAUUGUUCUAUUGACUGGAGCAAGGUCUUAGUUGGUCCGAUUAUUCAGUUUUGACGAAAUCGACCAAUUUUGACCCUUGACCAGCUCUUGUUGAGACCUAAAAGUUAUAUCUUCUCUCCCAAUGAAAUUAAUUCAGGUUAGCGAUUCUUGACUGGUUUGAUUAGUUCCAAGACUACUGCUGUACUAUCUCUAUUCGUCUCAAAAAUUGGUUUAGUUUAUGCAGUAUGCUUGAACCAAAUUUUUGCUUUGAACUAGAUCUAAACUGACCCAUUGAAAUGCCCUCAUAUGUUAAGCCUGGAGGAGAUGUUGAUCACCUAAUGGCUCAUAAUAGACAUGCACCAUAGAGGAAAGUGAUAAGAAUGCAUUAGGGUUGAGUGGCAAAAUGAUAUGCAUCAAAGAGAAUCAAACAGAGGCCCUAGAACAGGUUUCUUGUGCUCGUUUUUUAAUUUGCCUUAUUCGAGAACCAAUCACAAAUGUGAACUAAAACCCACUUUCAAAUUUUAGUAAUUUUAGAUUAUAUAUAAGCCGAGAAAAAAGAUAAAUCAUGUAAGAAUCAAAUAAAUGACUUUUUAUUUUAAAAGUUUUUCUUAUUCUUCCCUUAUCUUUUCAAACCCUAACUUGUGCGGUAUAUUUGAUUGAUGCUUUAACUCGAAACAUUAUAGAAAACAAAAUAUUGGGCAGCCCAAAACAUCGAAAGGACAAGAGCCACACGUCGUACUCCACAAUCAGACACCUGCGAAAACCUUGUUGCAAACGUGUACAUCUAACGUAACUCAUCAAACAGGAUAAGUGUCCUAAACUCUGCUCCAUCCUUUCUCAAUACACCAACACACCACCUCCCUUUCUUACCCAUUUUAUAAUCUCUUUCAUAUAUCAUCAAUCAUCAUCCAUAAAGAAAAUACUGUAUUUGGACAUUUCACUUAUAUUCAUAGAAUCAAAAGAAUAAUAAUGGAAGCACAUUUAAGGGAUUCGCAUGGGCAACCAGUAGAGUUAACAGAUGAGCUUGGUCGUCCUGUUAAGCUAACUGAUGAACAUGGUCAGCCAGUACAUCUUACUGGUGUUGCAUUUCCAUCAUCUGAUACUACCGCACCUGUCCCGGCGCCGUCUUUUGGAACCGGGCAUACGACGCUUGGGGAGGCCAUGGAAGCACCAUCGGCCGUUGGUGGGACCACGACCAUUGGAGAUGUUUUGGAAGGCGGGCAGUAUCAGCCUAGGAGAGGAGAUCAGACUGAGGAGUUGAGUUUUGGUGGUGGUGUAGCAUCUGGAGAGAUUCAACGUAGUGGUUAUUCGAGCUCUGGCUCAUCUGAGGGCGAGGGCUUAGGUGAAGGACAUGAACAUGAAGGUGGGAGGAGGAAGAAGAAAGGAUUUGGAGAAAAGAUAAAGGAGAAGUUGAUGGGAGGGAAGCACAAGGAUACCAAGGAAAAUAAGGAUAUGUAUCAAACUUCGAGCACCACCGUAACCACCACCACUACAACUACACUCGAACAUCACGAGGACGAGCACGAGAAAAAGGGUAUCAUGGACAAGAUCAAAGAAAAAUUGCCCGGCACUGGCCACCACUGAUUACUUUUACCCAUGUGUAUCAUCGUCAUGUUGUGCCUUAACGAAAACUCUUGCUGGGAAAAAACUUGUACAGACUUGGAUGAUUUUGUUUUAGGUUCUGUUUGGGGUUUGUGUGUUGUGCUUCAUGAAUCAUGACAAUUUAAUUAAUUAGGUGUGUUUUUCUUGUCUUGUGUGAACUUGUCCAAGAGGAUUUUGUAUGUUGUAUGCAUGAUGAAUAAUGUUUUGCUUGAUUGUUGAAGUUAUAUUUGUCUGGGCCUUCUUGUAUACUCUCUCACCGUGAGACGAGUUCAUACAAAAGGUUCACCGUGAGACGAGUUCAUACAAAAGGUUCACUAUGUUAAAAGUUAAGGUGUCUCACAGUGAGACUGUCUCAUAAAAAAUAUGUAAUUAUUGUCUGCGUCUGAAUUGUCCGCAUAAGAGAAAGGAGAAAAGAGUCUUAUAAUAAGUUAAGAUCACCCAAAAGAGUAGUCUAGUAGGAAAAGAACUCAUUUGUCUAUAAAUCUGGUACAAUUGCAAGUACAAUUGAUGUGAGAUAUCUUUUGUCAUAUUAAUCGAAUUUAUGUGAGAUAAGUCUUUUGUCAUAUUAAUCGAAUUUAAAAGAAAAGGGAAAGUUAAAGAGAUGUGGUACUAAGAAAAGUGAUAAUUUUUAUUUGGAUUAAUUUGUUAUA